UGCAGGUGUGACUAUGAUAUAUACAAAAUUUUCCAUCGAUUUUAAAACGAAAGUGUAAAAACAAGCGAAAAUGUAAAAAUUUGAUAAUUUGCAAAUGUAAUUAAAUUAACUGGUUAUAAUUUAAUGAGCAAUGCAUUCAUACGGUAUGAUAAUUGCGUACGAAACAAAUUAGGAGAACAAAUGAAAAUCCAUAUUGCAGAAGUUGAAAGUGGUGGAAACAGUGGAAUACCGAUAAAGGCAAUACGAAUACAGCAAUUAGAUUUGGUACACAUCAUCUACUAUUGGAAUUUAUGGGCACUCUUGUUGUUAAACGAAAGAUGAAAAUCGCCUUUAGUUGGUGUUAGCGAAUUAGCUGGUGCCCUAAAAAAUGCCGAGGGUAAACAACGCACACGCAAAGGACACCAAUGGUUCCAAUAUCAAUGUAGCAACGAAAGUACGAAAGAAUGCCAUCAAGACAGAGGUGGAGAGUCCAGGUGAACAACAUGUUUUCCACAGAAAAUCGGAAAGGAGAAGAGUGGCACGAGAUAUAUUUUUGGUUUUCGAAGAGCAACCUUGCCGGCGGGUACGUGGAGGUGCUAACAAAAAGAAAACAGCGCAAAAACCAAAAUUUGGGCAUUUGAUGGUUGAGGAUCCAAGUCGUCCAGCUAAAGGACUCUUACGUGACAUUAAGAAUGAACCAAAAUGUUAUCUUAGCGAUGAAUGUACAACCAUCACUGCGCCAACAACUGCAACUGCAAAAAAAGUAGCAACAAAAGAAAAAAAGAAUACACCAAAGGUGAAUAGCCGAAUAGAAAGUAAACCAAUAGUAGUAACAGAAAAUGUACCAAAAGUACCAGAACCUACUAACGAAAUCAAAAAUGAUGAUCCUGUAGCGCGUGUCAAUCCAAUAUUUUUAUGGGUUAAACAAGAUGACACACGUAUUGUGGAAGUGCGCUGUGAGGAUUAUGAUAAAAGAAACCGUAUACGUAUAAAAAAGACUUCAAAUGGUUGGCGUUCAAUACCGCGUACUGACCCAACUACAUCAAAGAUUGUUAAAAUCUUGCAAACACCACUGUUAAAAGUCAAACGUGAAUUAUAUGAAAAUAAUUUAUUCCAGAAAUGUAAUGAAAAUAUUUGCGCAAAUAUAAGUAGGCAAAAUACAACAGAUGUCAGUGAAAAGCAAAGCUUUAUAUCGGAUAAUAUUGAAGAUAAUGUGCCGGCUUGUAUAAAAAAUGCGAUUUCUGAAACAGUGAUUAGUAAAGAAGAGGUGCAAGUUGGAAAUAGUGCAAAGGUGAGACAUAAGAAUAAAAAAGUGAAAAGUAAGAAGAAUGGCAAACGAGGAAAAAAAUCAGCUAAAUUAAAUAUUCCAAAAACCGAAGUACAUCAAGAUGAUAUUCCAGAAAUUAUUAACGUUAAUAAUUUUGACAACCAUUUGGUUAGUCAAAAUGAAGAAUGUGCAGCGCAAAUUGAGCAAAUGAUACAAUCAAACACGGAGACAAUACCCAACUUCAAUGAAGUGUGUGUCAAUAACCAUAAUAGUAUAAUAGAGAAUAAUAGUGUUGUCAACAAGUUGGAUGAACUACCAGCUUCUCAUGUUGACUUAAAAGAACCACCAGUUGCAGCUGAAAAUGAUAAAGAGUCUUUAUCAGAUGUACAAGUGCAGGCUGAUUUAAAUGAAAAAGUUAUAGAAACUGUAACUGAAACAGAAACAUAUCAACAUCAUACCACGCAUUUGCAGCUGUGUCCGAUAACAGGUCUCUUCCUGCCCACAAUAAUUUGCGAAAGUGACAAUGAGGGAGAAACCACAGACGUCGCGACCAAAGGCUGCGAUGUGAAUGCUUUUAAUACGAAUUUUUUGCCCAAAGAUAUAUUAGUGGAUUUGGCCGAUUGUGAUGAAGACGAUAAUAAUGUUGAAACUGGCGAAAAGUUACAAGCGUUGAAUUCACAUUAUGCUAUACAUUUAGAUGCUGACACCAAAAACCUUAAAGAUCUACUGGAUGAUGCUGACUUAAUGCAGCAUUGCAGCGAUAAUGCCAACAGUGAUGCUGAUAUUAUUGAUUCCAUAGUUAAACGAAGCUGUGAAAACAAUUUAAUCCAGGAGACUGAAACACUUAAGCAGCCUGAUGUAGCGACAACAUAUAACACUACUCAAUGUGAAGAUAUGCCACAAAAGGAUUUAUUAACCGACGCAAUACCAUUACAUAUAAUUGAUGAGUCGGUGCGUGAUUCGCCAAAAUGUUUGUCUUUCAAUGAAGCUGGUGAAAUUGAAGGACUGAACGGUGAAUUAUUUCAAUCAAAUAAUUUUAUGGAUACUUAUGAAAAAGACUCUAGCGUUGAAGAGGUAAGUUUGAGUGAUGAUGGUAAAAAAACUGAAAGUACGGAAGUAAUGGCGCUAUCAUCGCCAAUCGGGCUGAAAGACAAAUUGUGCGACGAUAUGAUACUUGAUGAGGCACCAAAAGAUUUAAGUUAUAAAAAACGAGAAGAGGUUUGUCCACCAUCAGAAUCUCGUAGUCAAUGUGCUGUAACGUCCAGUUCAGAUGUCGUGAAAUCACCACAACAAGGUGAACUACCCGCUAUAGAAACAACAUCAGAAGCAAUCAAGAAUCUAAUAUUGGAGCAAUUUAUUAAAUUAAAUGCAUUUAAUGCAAUACCGACUCCAGUAACAAAACAACAGUCAGAGCCUAUGAAUCUUGGCAAGCCACAUAGUGAUAUAAAUAUAAGAAAUGAUUGCAACGAUUAUGCUACAUCUACGAAUUAUAUUGAAACUGUUGUUAUUGAUGAUAAUAGUGAUGAGGAGCCAAUGAAGAAACGUGUCCGUAAUACUGCAAAACUGAAUAAAACGAAUGUUAUUGAAGAAACGGUUCAAGCGGUUCAAACGGUCGCACCGACGCCAACAUUGAUCGACAAGGAUCCAGAUCCACUUACACAGUUACAGCUACUUAUUAGAAAUACACAAUGGAAAGUACCGGAUCCAAUACUUGUGCCAAAGGAUAGGUUACGGGCAGUAUUAGCAUCACCAGCACGUGAAAUACCACUUUUAAUUACCACCAGACCAGAAUUAAGACUACCAGAGGCAUUUGCUUACCCCGAGAUUAUACAAAAUCCCAACAUAUUGGUAAUUUCGAUGGCGCAAUUAGAAGCUAUAUUGAAAAACGAAAUGGAAAUGGAAAAAAACAAAGAACAAUGUGCUGUGCCAGAACCAGUUCAUGAGUUGCCGCCUGAAAAUACAAAGAAAUUAAAUACCAUGCCCUGUACAAAUACAAACAAGCCACUUAUCGAGCCGAAAAGUGUGAAAGUUAAAGAAGCGCCAUUGAAUCCACCAGCGCCGCCUGCCAAGUGUUCACAUGUCGAAACAAAUUUGGCUUCCGAUAUAAAUGCUGCAACGCUGGCCGUAUUAAAUCAAAUGUUAUGGUUGCCAUAUUUUGGGCAAUUAUCGCAGGAGUUUCUAAAAACAUUAAAGAACCCACUAGGCGUGCAAAACAAAUACGCGAGCAUACUGCCACCGCUAUACAAUCACCAUCUUGGUCUGCAACAUUUGGAUGAAAUGUACAAGAAUUACCUGAAGCAAAUGACGGCCUUAAAGCACAUAAGUGCCGCAGAGACACCUGUCAACAAUGCGAUGUCAAAUUUUCCACUGCCACUCGGCGCAUUCCAGCCCACUAUGGAGACAGCGGUCUUUCAGAAAAUGCUGCAACAUCAAAUGGCAAACUUUUUAAAUAUCAAUCCUAUGGCCCAAGCUGCUGAUGCCAAUGCAAUGCAAACGCCAAUUCAAAGAGGCAUGGUUGGCAAAAGUCCACCACAUGAAGUAAAUGCCAAUAUUGAGCACAUGCUUGGUGUUGAAGAUAAGAAAACCAAAAACAACACAACUACAACGACGACGACAAAUACAACUCCUGACAUUAGCGGUUUAGUCGCUGCUGUUACCGAGAAGUCGCUUAGGCACAAUAACAACAAUGCGACAUUAAGUUGUGAUAACGCGAUGACUGAAAGUGUGAACUAUAAUAAAUACGCUUACAUGCAAAAACAGGAAAUUGAUAAUAAGCCACGUUUAACGUGCAAAUCGCUUUCAAAUCUAUUAGAGCCAGAAAGUGUGCCGUCAUCGCCGGCAGUUCCUGUGGUCAAUCUGACCACAGAUCACAUACGCAAUACGGCACAUGAACUUGCCAAUAACAAUAGCCAAAUUAACACAAUCAACAAUAAAGAUACAACGGUAACCGUUGCACCAGCGCCGGUGGAAGUAAUGCCUUUCAAAAGUGCGAAGCUAAAUAAAGUUGCGAAUGCAAGCUACAAUGCCACGCAUGAGCUAGCCAAACAGAGAAAACGCGUUAUGAACUAUACAGAUGCGCCAGUGGUUGCAACGCCUGCGGCAGCUGCAGCCGCAACAACGGCAGCUUUAGAGGCACAAACGCCGAGUAGAAACGUCGUUGCUGACAACAUCAAUGUGGAGACCAAUCAGGCAUUGUGGCAUCCACUGUUUGGAAGCAAUGCGAAAACCGGCUACAGCAGUCCCUGGCAAUGGACCACUGUGACGGCAACGGGUGAAUGACAUUCAAGGGGUCUCAAGGGACCCAACAACUAUGAAAGUGAACUGAAUGAGUUCUUUAAUACC